CCGUACAAAUUCCGCUGGUCUUCCUCAAAUAAUUUAGAAUAAACAAUCAAAAAGCAGAAAAACACACGUUUCCUGCACAUGGUCUGGUUGUUACAGCAGAGAAAUUUCGUGGCUAUUGGCUAAGUUUAUGCGCGACGGACGCGAAGCACAUCACAAUCGAAUUUAAUAUGCAGAAUUUAUCAGCAUAUAUCUCGGCCGCCAUGAAUUUAUUUUGAUUGAGUUGUUUUCGAGCUACGUAGCGGCAUAUUUUUGUUUUUUCUUUCAUGGCCAGGGUUGUAUUGAGUUUACUGGUUUUCUUCUUCAAGUACAGUAUUGUUUUGGCUUCGGUUAAGACUCACACAUUUCCAUUAUUUGACGAAACUGUAAGAAGCCAGUUCGUUAUCACGAACGGUAACAUAAACAAGGGGGCAUUGCAGGUGACUCGCGAUACAGCAAACCCUACACCAGAAUUUUCUCUGAAAAAUCAAUCUGGCAGGAUUUUGCUUGACAAGAGCUUCAGGCUCUGGAAAAUUUCAGCAGAACGAACCACUUUGGCGUCAUUUAAUGCAACUUUUGUUCUGAGCAUUGUUAACCAGACUGCUUCAGGGGGCGAAGGGUUGGCCUUCAUUAUAGCCAGCUCGAAGAACGACCCGCCUGACAAUAGCUAUGGCGAAUAUCUGGGACUCUUUAAUCAGUCAACAGAUGGCAGUUAUAGCAGCGAUGUAGUUGCUGUGGAGUUUGAUACCAGAAAGAGCACUGGUGCAGACGACCCAGAUGAUAAUCAUGUCGGAAUAAAUGUGAAUUCGAUAAAGUCGGUCACUCGUGCUUCUCUCAGCCCUCACAAUGUCUUGCUCAAGAAUGCCUCUGAUAUUUUUGCUUGGGUUCAAUACGAUGGCAAAAACCUAAGCGUGUAUGUUAAUGCAGGUAACGUUUCAGAUGCGUCAAAUGCCUUGCUUUCUUUCGCCAUUGAUUUGUCCAAGAAUCUGCCUGAUAAUGUCUAUUUUGGGUUCUCUGCUUCGACUGGAAAUGAAACUGAACUUAACUGCAUUCGAUCCUGGAACCUCACGGUGGAAGACAUCAGUGAUAGUAGUAACAAAGGGACUAUUAUAGGCCUUGCAGUGGGGGUGCCUCUCGUAGUUGUUUUGAUUCUAGGAUUUCUGAUUUUUGUGUUUGUGCGGCGUGUGGGGUACACGCACAGGAAGUCUCAGCGUCUUAUGGAGAGAGCUCUUACGGAUUCAACCGGGGGGCCUCGUAAGUUCAGGCUGAAGGAACUUACUAGUGCUACGCAUAAUUUUGAUAAGAAAUACAAGCUGGGGGAAGGUGGGUUUGGGUCUGUUUACAGAGGUCUUUUGUCGAACAAAACCCCUGUUGCAGUUAAGAGGGUUUCGGACAAUUCACAUCAGGGUUUGCAAGAGUUCCUUGCAGAGAUCACUAUUAUCAGCAGGCUUAGGCAUAAGAAUCUUGUAAGGAUUUUGGGUUGGUGUCAUGAAGAUGGAGAGUUGUUGCUGGUUUAUGACCUAAUGCCUAAUGGGAGCCUGGAUAAGUUAAUUUUUAAAAUGGAUAAUAAGAAUGAGGUCCUGGAUUGGGAUCGACGGUAUAGAAUUGUGUCUGGGGUUGCCUCUGCUCUGCUUUAUUUGCAUGAAGAAUGUGAGCAGCAGGUGCUGCACAGAGAUUUGAAGGCAAGCAAUGUGAUGCUGGAUUCUGAAUACAAUGCUCGGCUGGGGGAUUUUGGGCUUGCAAGAUUGAUCGAGCAUGAUAAGAAUUCGUACACUACUACUGCCGUAGCUGGGACUCCUGGUUAUAUUGCUCCGGAGUGUUUUCAUACAGGGAGGGCUACAAUUGAAUCUGAUGUCUUCAGUUUCGGGGCUGUGGCUUUGGAGGUGGCAUGUGGUAGGAGGCCCAGAAUGGAGUCACAGCAGAUCCAUCUUGUAGACUGGGUUUGGGGAUUGUAUAGAGAAAAUAGACUGUUGGAUGCCGCAGAUACUAGACUUGCUCAGAAAUUCGAUAGGGAUGAGAUGCUAUGUAUGCUGCAACUUGGUUUGGCUUGUUCUCAUCCCAAUUCUCAAGAAAGGCCUACAAUGAGGCAGGUACUUCAAAUCCUUGGCAAAGAUGCACCUCCUCCUCUUCUGCCACUUUUUAAGCCUGCAUUUGUCUGGCCUGCUCCUCCUUCCAAUAUGUCUGAGAUCUUGUCUAGUUCCAGAGAUUUUAGCAUACAAGAGAAUCAAAGCAGUUCAGAAUGAGUGGCUGGGAACUUCAAUCUGUUAAACAUAAGGUGAUGAAAUAGAUAAGAUCUAUUGUAGCUUUGUCUUUCCCUGAGUUUUCCUUUCUUGUAAUCUUAGGAUGAGGAGUGUCUUCUAUUCGGGGAAGACAAAGACCACAGUCUCUCUUGGGCCAUAUCUUGUGAAGUAUUUUGGAAUUUUGCUUUUAUGUGUUGCAGAUUAUUAGAUUCUGUCAAAUGUCAUUAGGGAACUAGAUCAAGCGUCCCUCCUUAUUUCACUGUUAUCAGUUGAGGAAUUGGCUGGGGAUCAGCUUGGAGAACCGUUCCCAACAUUAUCUGUUUUAUAAUAUAAAAUUAAAGGCUUUGGCCCGUGGUAAACUCUCCGCUCUCUAACAUAGUAUGAUGGAGCACAUGUUGAAGAAGAAAAAAAUUAAGGAAAAGGUUAUGUAAAUUCUUCGGAGUAUUUUGUGAUAUACGAUACUGGUUUAUUUAUCAUUCCAAA